ACGAAUGAUCUCCACUGGGCUAUCAACGACCUUCGUUCCAGAUAUAUGGAUUAUUUAAAUAUGUAGGUGUAAAUGGGUAUAUUUCAAUAUUUUAGGAUUAAUAAAUUCGCAUUAUUUUUCUUUUUAGUUCCACAUCGAACGAAAUUGGCACCACUAUUAUACGCAGCUGGUAUCUAACAAUUAUAACAAUAAUAAUAAUGCCUAUUGCGUAUUCUAAAUGUUGCCAAAAUUUUGAGUGAAAGGUGUACGUAACAAGAUUCCAUAUGGGCAAUGGCAUAGGAGCACAUAUCAAUUCCAUGAUUCUGUUUAUUUAUUAGAUAUUUAAAUGCGUUAUGCUCAAAUAGUAGUUGGUCCUGCCGGCAGCGGUAAAACGACGUAUUGUAAAGCGUUGCAGGAAUACUUGUCGGCCUGCCGUCGCCGUUGUCAUAUCAUUAACCUAGAUCCGGCUACUGAAGAGGAUGUGCACUUUGAGGAUGCUGAAGGCACGCAGAAGGUUGGUUCCUCUAAGGAAGAAUACAGUACAUUCGACACAGACAUCCGUGACUUUGUAGACAUUGGUACCGUUAUAGAGGAAGAUGAGCUGGGUCCCAAUGCAGCGCUCGUUAAGAGUGCUGAGAUGCUCACUGAUAAUAUAGAAUGGCUUGCUGAACAGAUCGAGGAGACGUAUAGUGACGAGUCAUACUUGCUAUUCGAUACUCCUGGGCAAGUAGAAUUAUUUGUCCACCUUUCUUAUGUGAAGAGUAUAUCGCAACUAUUAUAUAGGCUCAACAUAAAUGCUGUUGCUGUGUUUCUAUUAGACGUCAGCUUCAUGGCUGACCCAACUAAAUUGAUAGCUGGGUCCAUGGCUGGUCUUGCCGCUAUGGCGAAUCUGCAGCUUCCACAUAUCAAUGUGCUCACUAAGUGUGACCUGUUGUAUGAUGCGGUUUCUGACGGUCAAUUCAAGUUGAGGCCUUUCCUUGACAUCACGAGUAGCACCUUUGGUCUGUCUGCCAGUGACCUUGCUUUCCAGAGAGACUUGUUCAAGAAUCCUUCCAAGUCCAAUGCAUCUGAUGACGAGGGUGGCUAUUCUUCUUACGAUUCUGAUCCUGGGUUUGACGACGAGCCGACAGUAGACUAUGAUACUCUCUGUGGUUUUAUUAACCGCGGCCCUGAUGAUCUUCUGAACUCGUUGGACAGCCACUUGCCACCGAAGUACAAGCGUCUUAACUCGGCGUUCGCAUCACUUCUGGAAGAUUAUAAUUUGAUUAGCUUCGUACCUCUAAACAUCAAUGACGAGGGAUCUCUAGAGCAGCUGGUUGUGGCAACGGAUAUUUGCUUGCAAUACGGCGAGGACGCCGAACCCAGGGCUAACUUUGAUAUGAAUGCUGAAUAGUGCAUUAUAUAA